GGAGAUACCACUAGGAGCAAGUCGUGGGCACAGGGGACCCAGUCAGCGUGUAGCACGAUUUCGUCGCACGCUCGUAAGCAGGUGGUGAUCAUGAGGACAGAACUGCUGCUGGCAGCCGCCUGCCUGCUGACGCUGGGUGACAGGUGUCUGGGGGCCAGGAUCCUGGCAGCCGUGCCAACACCCUCCAUCAGUCACCAGCUGCCACUGAGGACCGUGCUGCUGGAAUUGGCCAGGCGUGGUCACCAGGUCACCUUCAUCACCACCCACCCCAUAGGGGUUCCUACUGCAAACUACUCUGAAAUAGACAUUUCACUAAGCGUUAAAGCAUUCAGAGAAGUGAUGGAUUUCAAUGCCUUCCCUGAUGCAUCGUCUCCUGUGGCCUUACUAAAAUUUAUUCUGGACAUGAGAAUAUAUGGGUGCGAAUUUCAGUUUGGUCUGGAACCGAUGAAAGAGUUCAUGAAAUUGGAGCAGAAGUACGAUGUUUUCAUCAUAGAAAAAUUCGGAUUCACUUGCUAUUAUGGCUUAGCGCACAAAAUGGGGUCUCCACCGUUAAUUGGAUACACUUCUCUUGGAAUUACCUCACUUAAUCGGAAGACUUUCGGCAGCCCAAUUAAUCCUUCCUACAUCCCCGACUAUAAUCUCGGAUACACGGACCACAUGACCUUCUGGCAGAGAAUGUACAACGCUUACAUCUUACUGCGAUCGCUGGAUGUUGAAGAGACAGUUCUGUAUGGGAAAGAGGAAAAGCAACUGAAAAAGUAUUCCGGUCCGAACCCACCUACCGUGAAGGAAAUGGAUUACAAUUUCAGCCUCAUGUUAGUCAACAAUCACUUCAGCGUCAGCUACCCUGUGCCGAACACGCCAAAUAUCGUCGAAUUAACUGGAAUCCACAUCGAGAAGGAGAGGAAGCCACUACCAAAGGAUGUGAGGGCGUUCCUGGACGGCGCCAGGGACGGCGUGGUUUACUUCAGCCUGGGCUCCAACGUACAGAGCAGCGCCAUGCCUCCAGACACAGUCCGCGCCUUCCUGGACGCUUUCGCUGGAAUCCCGCAGCGCGUGCUCUGGAAAUGGGAAGCUGAUCGCCUGCCCGGUCAGCCUGGCAACGUGAUGACCGCCAAGUGGCUGCCGCAGCAGGACGUGCUGGCUCAUCGGAACGUACGCCUCUUCAUCACUCAGGGGGGACUGCAGAGUUGGAACGAGGCAGCUUAUUUCUCUGUGCCCGUCAUUGGGAUACCUUUCCUAGGAGACCAGAUCUACAAUGUUGAAAAGAUGGUCGGUUUAGGCGUUGGACGAAGGCUGGAUUUAAAAGACGUCACCAAAGACAGUGUUCUGGAAGCGGUGCAGACAGUUCUUGAAGACAAGAGCUACCAGGAGAACAUGAAGCGCUUCUCAGCCAUCUACCGGGAGCACCAGAGCACGUCCCUGGAGAGGGCGGUGUGGUGGGUGGAGUACGUGAUCCGCCACCAGGGGGCUCCCCACCUGCGCAGCGCAGCCCUCGACCUGCACUGGUGGCAGCUGCUGCUGCUCGACGUCAUAGCCUUCAUACUGGCUGUGGCGGCCGUCGCGGCGUUUGUCCUCUACAAGCUGACUCAGUGGCUCUUCUCGUGGCUCAUUCGACCCAGCAAACUGAAGAAACAGUGAGACUUGCAACGUGUCAUACCUCUGUCUGUAUUUUCUGUGCAUUUGUUCUGUGCAAACUGGUUCAACGAGCGACUGUCUAAAUCGAGAAACCAUUGAUGAUACUUCAUCAGGACCAAUAAGAGUUCAUAAUGAAGAUCUUAAUUACACACAGUUAUAAACAGGUUUGCUACAAAACUAACUCGUUGUGUGCUGCUGUACGAAGUAUAUCGCUAUAGUUUUGAAUGACUGAAACGUGUGUGUUGGCAGACAUGUGAAUCAUGUGAUUACAUAUUCGGUUAGGAUAGCCUAAAUCAAUGUCUUGCGUACCAUGUCGAUACAGGGUGUCUCAAAAGUCUGUUAACAUUUGAAAAUUCAGUACUUGACGUAAUAAUGUACACAGGGAGCUAAGAAUUGACACAUAUUCUUUAAAUUUCAUGCGGAUUUAUUGAAACAAAAAAGGAAUAAAAUGAGCAGUAGAUAGGACUUCAUAUGAUACAAAGGCAAUAAUUAGCGUAAAAAACUGCUUUAUAGCAAACACAAUGUUCUAUAUAACGAAUGCUCAGCAUGUUGGCUGUCAUUCAUCAACAAUAUCUGCCGUCUAGGGACUAUGUUGUGAAGCGCACUGUACAGUAUGUCAGUAGAUAUGGUGAUAAAUUGGUGUCGGAUGUCUUUUAACAUCCCUAAUGAGGUCGGGUGAUCGUGAUGUAUUGUACUUACGACUUCAGGUAAAUGAACAAUAAUUAAUCACUCGGAAUGUGGCCUGGGGACAUUGGAGGCCAAACUUGAUGGAAGUGUGGCAUAGCACGUGAUGAUCACCAAACAAUGUGUGCAAGAGAUCUUUCAUACAUAUAACAGUAUGGAUGGUGCGCCAUACUGCAUAAAAGUCAUACCCUCCAGCAGCUCUUUAUCAGCCAGAAUAGGAAUGAUGCGAUUCUGCAACACGUCUGCAUACCUCAAACGCUCAAGCGUUGUCAAUGGCGUGUUUUUGGUUAAAGUCGAAUUUUGCACUCGUGUUUGCUUUCAAUAAAACCCCAUGCCAUUUCAGGCACGUGUGUCAAGUUUCCAUCUCUACUUAAAUUUUUCCGUGAAAUAAUGCGUUUUCAAAUGAUAGCGGAUUUUGUGUCAUCCUGUAUGUUGUCACUGCAUGGACCAAAUCUCAUUAGCUCCUCUUCUAUUCAAGUACCCCGUACUACUACCCUUAUUAUCACUGGAGUAGUCUAAAAUGUCUCUGCCCAUAUAAUUCAAGUCAUAUUUCUUUUAUAUUCCUUCUUUUGUCGUCCGUAACUCCUGGUGGCAAUAGCGAUGCUCUAGUGUUGUUAACUCACCACAGCAGUAAGUGACUGAGCUUACUGGCGCUCUCUGAGGCCGAAAAACUGAAGACCAAUCAGGAAAGUCCCUACACUCUCUGCUCCACUACGUCACAGGAAGUGAAAUGGAAUACAGGUAUGAGUAACUAAUAACACUACGGCAGCUGUACCAUUCUUCCAGGAAAGGCAACUGUGCCCCCCACCAAGUGUGCUGCUCGAUGUUCAGCUUGCAGACGAACAAUACUGGCGCAGGGUUUCUUGUCCAGUUUUGUUACGUGAGCAGAUAAAAUAGUUCGACUGACAGAAGUUGAUACUUAUUUGCAGUUGAUAACUGCAAUGUUAUGUGCACACCGAAGAGCCUGCCCCAAGUAUAACAUGUUGCCAAUAUGUAUUCGACAAUGUUGAUUUCAGUGUAUGUACCGCCAAUGGCUGGAAUAUAUUUUAUAAGAGGAGUAUCAAAUGCAUCAUCUCAGCUUCAUUCUUCCAUCAUAUGAGGCGGCACAGGGAAUGAAAUUGGCUCUCUCUCUGAAACAGAAGCAGGUCACGUAGGUGUUUUAACAAGUUAGGCAACGCAUUAGAGCAGAAUGCCGGUCUAGAUUUGAACAAUAUCAGUACUAUCCCAUCAGGCGUUUUCACACAUAACAUGCAAGAUAUUCUGUGGAUAUAUGGUAAGUGGCUCCGCUAAGUGCAGCCCACUCUACAAGCGCCAGCAGUUCCUCGUUGGAAAAUAUUUAUGCAGUAACACAGUUAAUGGAGAGAGAAGUGCAGUGACUUUCUGUCCCUUCAUUAAUUCACCACUAAGUGAUUACAACAAGGUUACACAGAUUUACAGUACACUGAAGACAGCAGACAGUAGCUACGUGUCACAUUUUUAACCCAAUCACUGAAAAUACUACACUUCCAUAUUAAACACUUACCAGCCGUUAUUUAUGGGAACAUGUUUUAUAUAGAAGUUCACUUUUUUUUGUCAUCAGACUGGUCUGAUGUGGCCCGCCACGACUUCCUCUCCUGUGCCAACCUCUUCAUCCCAUAGUAGCACUUGGAACCUUCGCCCUCAAUUAUUUGCUAGAUGUAUUCCAAUCUCUGUCUUCCUAUAUAGAGUUUGCCCUCUACGGCUCCCUCUAGUACCACAGAAGUUAUUCCCUCAUGUCUUAACAGAUGUUCUGUCAUCCUGUCGCUUCUCCUUAUCAGUGUUUCCACACAUCCCUUUCUUCUGCAAUUCUGCGUAGAACGUCCUCAUUUCUUAUCUUAUCAGUCCACCUAAUUUUCAACAUUCGCCUGUAGUACCACAUCUGAAAUGCUUCGCUUAUCUUCUGUUCUGGUUUUCCCGCAGUCCAUGUUUCACUACCAUAUAAAGCUGUACUCUAGACGUACAUUCCCAGAAAUUUCUUCCUCAAAUUAAGGCCGAUAUUUGAUAUUGGUGGACUUCUCCUAACCAGGACUGGCUUUUCUGCCAUAGCUAGUCUGCCGUUGAUGUCCUCCUUGCCCCGUCCGUAAUUGGCUAUUUUACUGCCUAGGUAGCAGAAUUCCUUAUCUUAGUCUACUUCUUGACCGUCAAUCCUGAUGUUAAGUUUCAUACUGUUCUCAUUUCUACUACUUCUCAUUACCUCCGUCUUUCUUCGAUGUACUCUCAAUACUUACUGUGUACUCGUUAGACUGUUCCUUCCGUUCAGAAGAUCAUGUAAUUCUCUUCACUUUCACUCAGGAUAGCAAUGUCAUCAGCGAAUCGUAUCAUUGAUAUCCCUUCAACUUGAAUUUUAAUUCCACUCCUGAACUUUUAUUUUAUUUCCAUCAUUGCUUCCUCGAUGUACAGACUGAACAGUAUGGGCGAAAGGCUAAUCCUUGUCUUACAAGGGACGUGGUAUAUAUGCAUAUAAGUGGCAAACAAUUAUGUUUAUCGUUUCCUUCGAACAAACAAGAUGUCCUUGAUCUGUACUGAGUUUCGCACGACGUCCGUGUUACGCCAGACAGGGUCGCAACAAUGAAACCACGGUCAUAUUUUUAGCAUUAUUCCAAAUGAUCGGGUGAGCUGGGCAACGUAGUGGUCAGCGGAAUGGCCAGUUGUUGGCUGCACAGUGCCUGUGUCCUUAAGCAUCGCGCAGUGGAAAGCUUUAGCCCUUGUAUCUCGACGCCUCCUUACAGACUUUCAGUCUCCACGAGGGACACUUGACCAAGUUAUGAAGUGGUUCCUGGUUGGUAACAGACAUGGAGACACCACUGGCCCAUAUACUGCCAUAGGGGUGGGAGAUACUCAAAAGGUGAAGACGAGAAGGUGGGUUGAAAAUAACUAGUAUUUAUUGCUAGGCUUCACAAAAACUACAGUAAAUUAUGAAGAUCGUCUGCAGUGUGCAAUUUGUUUAAUCAUUUUAGCUGCUGAUAGCAUGAAGCCUAACAAGUUAAAGUAUAUCUUGAAAUUAAAUAUUCUACCAUGAAACUAAAUGUUUUAUUUAUUUAUUUUACUUGUUUUUGAGUCGUCGGUCUUCUGACUGGUUUGAUGUAGCCGACCACGAAUUCCUCUCCAGUGCCAACCUCUUCAUGUCUGCUUCCCCUACAGUUUUUGCUCUCCACGGCUCCCUCUAGUCAUUCCCUGAUGUGGUAAGAGGUGUUCCAUCAUUCUGUCUCUUCUCCUUGUCAGUGUUUUCCACAUAUUCCU